AUGGCGGACUUCGAAUUCGUCUCCAAGGGCGUAAUGGGGGAGGUAGACAGCGGCCUCAAACCGCCGUUGGAUCUCAGUCAUCACUUCUCGAGGGUGACGGCUGCGAGGAAGGAGAGCAGCGUCAAGAAAUUCUAUCAGUAUUUCCAGAUCCCAGGGAUUGCGAAUUUGGCUGGAGGUCUCCCAAAUGCAAAAUUAUUCCCCUUCGACACUCUAGAAGCUCAAAUCGCAAAGCCAGAGCGCUGGACACCGACUCCCAACGACCCCAACGACCCAUCUCAAGACCUCGCCACCAAGCUCCAAAAGGCGACGCUGAAGUCCGACACAGAUGCCGGAGCUUCCACACAUAUCACUGUGCCGCAUGAAUCAGCGGUGAAAGACAUGAUGCAGAAGAUUGACGUUACGACUGCGUUGCAAUAUGGCACUGCGCAGGGCUAUCCCCCUCUCUUCUCCUUCCUGCGCCAGUUCUCACGCAACGUCAUGCAUCCCAAUGUUCCGUAUGCUGGGGGCCCGGAGAUCAACCUAACGGUCGGCAGUACGGAUGGUAUGGCGAAGACGCUGGAAGCGUUCACGGAUGUGUGGAGCGAGGAGCGGGAUUGGAUACGUGAGAGGCCCGGUAUGUUAUGCGAGGCCUUUGCGUAUAUGAAUGCACUACAAUCUGCGGCGCCGAGAGGUGUGGCCAUUGUGCCUGUCACCAUCGAUGCUGAAGGUAUGUUGCCAACUGGAUCUGGAGGUUUGGAAGAUGUGUUGGAGAAUUGGGACGAGUCGAAGGGGAGAAGGCCGCAUUUGAUGUACACCGUGACCAUCGGGCAAAAUCCAACUAGUGGAACGCUGUCGGUACAACGCCGGAAAGAUCUAUACGCCAUUUGCAGUAAGUACGAUGUCCUCAUUAUCGAAGACGAUCCAUAUUGGUACCUUCAAUAUCCUUCCGCGGCCAGUCUUGAGGCAGAGGCGCGGGGGCUCCCUCCUCCAUCUCCGCAACCUAUCCACCAGUUUGCGAAGAAAUCGGGAUACCCGUUCAUCGACAGUCUCGUGCCAUCCUACCUCAAUAUAGAUACAGAUGGCCGCGUGAUCCGUCUUGACACGUUCUCUAAGACUGUCGCCCCAGGAUGCCGCGUAGGAUGGAUUACUGCCCAACCAGCAAUCGUUGAGCGCAUCCUCCGCAUCACCGAGUGCUCUACCCAGCAGCCCUCUGGCUUCGCGCAAUCCAUGCUCUCAGAGCUCAUCAUGGGCGCCCAGCCCACCAUGGCCGAGUUCAAGACCAAGUCCAAGGGAGACCAGCUAUCCUUUACAGGCUGGCAAACCGACGGCUGGGUCCGCUGGCUCGCUGGUUUGAGAGGGAGCUACGAGCGCCGUAUGAACGCUAUGUGUGCCCAUCUUGAGGACGGUCGCUUCCUGCUCAAACAGAAGAAGCCGAUGCGAUCAGCCGACGCGGAUUGGGCUGUGAUUUCCAAGACGAAGAUGUACUCGUUCGACUGGCCACGCGGUGGGAUGUUUGUGUGGCUUCACAUGCACUACGAUACGCACCCCCUCGCCGGCAUUGUUCCUGGACCCAAGAUGUCUGAACUACUCUGGAUCUUCCUGACAACGAAGCCAUAUUUGGUGUUGGCAAGUCCGGGGGCGGUGUUUAGUCCCACGGAGGAGAUUAGGGCUGAGAAGGGAUGGCAGUAUUAUAGACUGUGUUUUGCGGCUGUGAGUGAGGAGGAGGUGGAGAAGAGCAGUAAGAGGUUUGCGGAGGGCGUCAACGCGUUCUGGAUGAUUAAGGACAAGAAGGAGAUGGAGGGUAUUGAGGGGAGUGUCGAUAUGGAGAUUCUGGAGAGCGAGGUUACGAAUUUGGGGAUGAUGAUGGCUUGUUAA